UCUACUGGACAUCUGUGCAAAAGAGCUUUAUAGCUCAUCGAAUUCCUCCAGUAAAAAAAAAAUAUUAUGAUUCAUGCAACAUAUACAGUGGAGUAUCCUUGAGACUUGUCAGUUAUCAGUGUGAUCUGUCAAGCGCCACCCCCUUUAGAGACGUGUUCUGCACAAGACCACCCCCGUCCCGUGUCGGUGGUCCAUACACCUCUGAUCUGUGUGCUUGUUUGCCGAUGGCGCUUAGGUGCGUUUGCUUGGAAUUAAAUCAAUGGAACUGAGUCGGUCGACCCCAGAAUCCAGAGAAGCAUCAUCCGGCGUAUGGUGACAUUCUAGGACGAAGAAUCAUGACUUAUACCUCCUCGAACAACACCACUGGUCACUGUGUGGAGUCAUUUGAAAAUCUCAUUUGCUCCAAACCCAAACUCUCCGACAAGGAUCGCAUCGCGGCAAUGGCCGUGCUGUCCUUCUUAAUCUCGGCCACGAUAUUCGGCAACUGCCUCAUCAUCACCACCAUCGCCUUCUUCAGGCAACUGCAGACAAACACCAACACUCUCGCGCUGUCGCUCGCCGUGUCCGACCUCCUGGUGGGGGCCAUCGUCAUGCCGUUCAGCGCCUCGCGAUCCAUCCACCAGUGCUGGUUCCAUGGACGCACCUUCUGCCGGGUCCACUACUACCUCGACUACACCUUCUGCAACGCGUCCAUCCUCUGCCUGGGCUGCAUCGCCUUCGACCGCCACGUGGCCAUCUGCGACCCGCUGCGCUACGCUCAGCGCGUGACCAGGGGGACGCUGGCGUCCAUGCUGGCGCUCAUCUGGGUGGGUGCCGCUCUCCUCUCGGCGCCCACGCUGGUGAGCCUCGACGAGGCGUGGGCCCGGGGACUCAUGGAGAUCGCGGGCUGUCCCGACGGCUGCCACUUCGCCGUGCACGUGGGCCUGACGCUCGUCGUGGGCAUCCUGCCCUAUUUCAUCAUCAUGCUGCUCAUGCUGCUGGUGUACGGUCGGAUCUACGGCGUGGCGCGCAGGCAGUCGCGUCAGAUCAACAACUCCAGCGGCUCGAGGGCGAGCGACGCCGACAGCAGGAGCAAGUGGGUGGCCAUGAGACGCGAGCACAGCGCCACGCUCACCCUGGGCAUGAUCGUGGGCUUCUACCUCGUCUCCUGGUUGCCCUACUUCACGGCGAGCGUCCUGGAAAUGGCAUUCGGCGUCACGGCCAGCGCACUCGUGUGGGCGACGGUGAUCUGGUUUGGUUACGCCAAUUCUGUGGUCAACCCGAUCCUCUACGCCACGUUCAACCGCCCGUUCCGCACCGCCUUCCGCAUCAUCUUCAGCAGCGAGUUGUUCGCCCCUGGGGCCAGAGACGCUGACCUGCACGGUCUGAAGGUGACAGGUGGCUGACGCGAUGGUGAACGCAUGGCAUAUGCAUGGACCGUAUUGUGUUUUUUGUUAUUAAUCAUUUGGCAUGCGUUCACAAUUAUCACUA